UUCAAAGCUAUUUAUGAAAUAUGUACAUUCGUUAUGGUAAAUGUUUUAGCAGAUCAUACAAUAGAACUUACAGAGGACUAUGUAAGGGAGCUUGUCUACACAAAUACUCAAAUCCAGCUGCUGCAAAGUCGUGAUGUGCGUUUGAUACCGGUAAUUAGAAAAUUUGUUGUUGGAGAUACACCGAUGGCGAAACUAUCGUAUUUGUUUGCUGCACCAGCAAAAGCAAUCCCUGAUGAAAGUAAUGGAAACUACGAAGAAAGACUGCAGCAAUGCAUUGAUCUCCAAAUUGAAUUACAAACAGUAAUAACUACUUUGUUAGGUGUCUCUGCUACUAAAAAAGGUAGACCGAGAGGUCUAGUACGUACUGCAAUGAGAAAUCUUUGUUGCACACGUGAUACGACGGAAGAGAGAAAAACCCCAACUUGUGAUGCUACAAAACCAUUUAUCAAUUCUGCAUCAAGUCUAGUACGUACUGCAAUGAGAAAGUUGGGUUGGAAACGACCCACAGGUGGUUCGACGGAUGUUGAUACUCCAUAUGGGUUGUAUGAACUUGAAGAAAAUAGAAAAUCGCUAUUCCGUGAUGCUAUAAAACUAUUUAUCCUUUCUGCAUCAAGACCAACCCACGAACACUACGGAGAUUGUAACCUAAUGUGUCGUCUGAAAGGUGUUAACAGAAGUAUAUUACAGCUGGAUUCUUUUGUAACAAAAGCUGAAGUUGUUGGUAGUAAUCAAUGUCGUCUUACUGAUAAUCACGGAAAUACAACCGUCGUCAAUUGCAUUGGGGAUGACUAAUUAGCUUUAUAGAUUAUAUUUGCUUUUUCGAAAUUAUUUAAUUGUAGCUAAUUUAGGUCAUUCUGCUCUCUAUUAUUAUAUUUACGCGUACACUCAAAACCGGUUUACUGUUUGACCGAACAAACACAAAUUGAAGUAACACAAUAUUACAAAAAACGAAAAACGUAUGCUUUGUAUUGUAUUGUUAUUAAACAAGUUUAAUGUAUGAAAGUAAAUUCCAUUCUGUACUAGAA